UGCGCACGCGCACUUCUGUCAAUGUUGAUGCCGGCGAGGGAGAAAAUGGCGGUGGAAGGGCCGGAGCAGAUGGAGUUGGAUGAAGGCAAGGGAGGGACUGGGUUGCGCCAGUAUUACCUGUCCAAGAUUGAGGAACUACAGUUGAUAGUCAAUGAUAAGAGCCAGAAUCUCAGGCGGUUGCAGGCCCAGCGGAAUGAGCUCAAUGCCAAGGUACGCCUGCUUCGUGAGGAGCUACAGCUUCUGCAGGAACAAGGCUCCUAUGUGGGCGAGGUCGUGAGGGCUAUGGACAAAAAGAAGGUGCUUGUGAAGGUCCAUCCAGAAGGCAAGUUUGUGGUUGAUGUUGAUAAAAACAUAGACAUCAAUGAUGUGACUCCAAACUGCCGUGUUGCCCUGCGGAAUGACAGCUACACGCUCCACAAAAUCCUGCCGAACAAGGUGGACCCCCUGGUCUCAUUGAUGAUGGUGGAGAAAGUGCCCGACUCCACUUACGAGAUGAUUGGUGGCCUCGACAAGCAGAUCAAAGAGAUCAAGGAAGUGAUUGAGCUGCCUGUCAAGCAUCCGGAGCUUUUUGAAGCUCUGGGCAUUGCUCAACCCAAGGGCGUGCUGCUCUACGGACCCCCUGGCACUGGAAAAACUUUGCUGGCCCGAGCAGUGGCUCAUCACACGGACUGCACCUUCAUCCGUGUCUCUGGCUCUGAGCUUGUGCAGAAAUUCAUUGGAGAGGGUGCCCGGAUGGUGCGUGAGCUCUUUGUCAUGGCCCGGGAGCACGCUCCCUCCAUCAUCUUCAUGGACGAGAUAGACUCCAUUGGCUCCUCCCGUCUGGAGGGCGGCUCUGGGGGGGACAGCGAAGUGCAGCGCACCAUGUUGGAGUUGCUCAAUCAGCUUGACGGUUUUGAGGCCACUAAGAACAUCAAGGUAAUCAUGGCAACCAACCGCAUAGACAUCUUGGAUUCAGCCCUUCUUCGCCCUGGCCGCAUUGAUAGGAAAAUAGAAUUCCCUCCUCCCAACGAAGAGGCUCGGCUGGACAUCUUGAAGAUUCACUCUCGCAAGAUGAACCUGACACGGGGAAUCAAUCUGCGGAAGAUUGCAGAACUGAUGCCCGGAGCCUCGGGAGCGGAGGUCAAGGGUGUGUGUACAGAAGCUGGCAUGUACGCAUUGAGAGAGAGGAGGGUACAUGUAACUCAAGAAGACUUUGAAAUGGCUGUAGCAAAGGUGAUGCAAAAAGACAGUGAGAAGAACAUGUCCAUCAAGAAACUCUGGAAAUAAAAAGCAGUUGCUGCUCCUGCGAGCGAUUUCCUACCUCGCUGGCUGCCUAUUUCUGCUGUAAUCUUUACACCCAAUUUCCUUUUUCCUGUAAUAAAAUUGUAUUCUAAAAUUGA